UAUCCACGUGAUAUUAUUUUUUAAAUUGUAUAAUAGAAUUAUGUGGAAAUGCAGCAAGGAUAUUACUCUAAAUAGUUUGUCAUCAAAUGAGAUACAAGAUGAACUUAUAAAUCUGGGGUUAUCGAUAGAAAAGAAAAUUCAAUGCAAAGAGGUGUUUUUCAGCCUUGAGCUCUCCAGUAACAUGAAGUUUGAAGGAAUUCAUGAAAGAUUCUCCUCAAAUGCAGAAACAUGUUUUCCGCUAUUUUAUGCAUUACCUAGUCAUCAUGGUGUUUUAAAAUGCAAUAGUUGUGAUUCGUUAAAACUCAUAGCAUCACUACCAAAUAAUACCCUUCUUCAUUUGGUAGCAAAUAAUUUAAAGAAAAAUAAUGUGAAGAAACUACUGGAUGAAGCUCUUUUGUGCGGAAAAAUGAAUAUUUUGGCGUUACGAGGAGAUGCCCCAUUUAAUGACGGUGAUUUUGCAUAUACAAUCGAUUUAGUAAAAUUCAUUAAAGCUGAAUUUGGUUCAAAAAUCUGUAUUUGCGUAGCUGGAUACCCACAAAUGCAUCCUGAUUCGAUAUCAAAGGAGUCAGAUUUAUUUUACUUGAAGGAAAAAGUGAAAGCUGGAGCGAGUUUUGUGAUAACUCAAUUUUUCUUUGAAUCGUCAGUAUUUGUGGAUUUUGUGAAAGAUUGUACACACGUUGGGAUUACUGUUCCCAUCAUACCUGGCAUUUUUCCUUUUUCAAGUUUCAAGUCUUUAAUGAAAAUGUCAACCAUGUGCAGUGUUAAUAUCCCGAACAAGAUGUUAGAGGAUUUGCAUCCAAUUAAAGAAGACAAUGCGAAAAUACGCAAUUACGGGAUUAAUUUGGCUGUGAAGUUAAUAAGAGAAAUUUAUGACACAGGUGUUACUCAUGGAUUCCAUCUUUACACUCUUAACAGAUCCGAAAUGGCAUUAGAAAUAUUCAAAAGAGUUGGAUGGUGCCAACCUUCAAGCCAAUAACGACUGUUGUCUAUUUGUAAGUUAGAUUUUGAUCAUGUCGAC